CUCAUCAGUGCUCUCCCUGUUGGCCUCAUUGGCACGAAUGCCAAGCUCAUGUGCCAGUACAUCGAGUUUGUCACAGACCGUUUGCUGGUGUCGCUAGGCAAUGAUAAGGUGCGCAAUGCCACAAACCCAUUCGACUUCAUGGACAUGAUCUCGCCACAGGGGAAGACAAACUUUUUUGAACCGUAUGUCUUUGCUAAUUUUUGUGUAAUCUUGUUGACUACCAUUACUGUGACGUGA